UGCCCGAGUAGCCAAUCCGACGAUGAACGAGGCGAAACCCCAUCCUAGUGCAUUUUCCCCAUUUGCCGGUUAUAUAUACGUAGUGAAAUAAUUCUAUCUCUCUCUCGGGCUCCCCACUGCGUUGAGAGAGCACCAGGGCGCCGAUGCUGGUCUCUGAGUACUUUGAGUGAGUGCCCAAAGGCCCCCGAGUCCCGAGUCAGUUAGCCGCCAUCAGUCGUACGUUUAUGUUCUCGCUUUUCUCCGCUCUCUCAUCUCGCAAUUUUGUUUUUUAUUUUAUUUAUUUAUUUUUUUUUUCAUUUCCAUUUUUUCCCCCCGUUUUCAAUGCCCAGUGAAACUGAAAGAUAGUGAUACGUGUGCUGUUGACAUCGAGAGAAUAAACGAGGAAAAAAAAAUGGUUAAAAAAUUGACAAGUGAUUUAUCAAGAUCCUUUGACCACUCGAAGGACACGAACAAUGACACAACAGUGUACAUAGUUAUGAAAAAAUAGUUAAUAAAUGAUACAGUGGGUGCUUCGUAGCCGGGAAAGGAUUGGAUGCAAUACAACGAAUGUGAAAAUGAAUUGAUUAAAAUUGUAAACAUCGAUACGAGAUGAGAAAUUUAUCAAAAUUACUUCUGAUAUUUUUAAUAGGACUUGUAUUAGAUGUAUUGUCAUUUGAUAAUGACAUAGGUAAUAAAAAUAUAGCCGAUAUGUUGAGAUCAAAUGACAAGGAAUUGGAUGAGGAUGAUAAUUCGGGUGAUGAUGAGCACAGUGAUAGUAAUGAUGAUGAUACUUAUUUACUCGGUGAAGAGGAGGAUACACCGAGAAUGGGAAAUGGUUCGGGUGGUGAUGCUGAUUUGAUAAGUGGUGGUGGACAUCUACCAGUAUUUCUCAUGGAGCCACUCGAUGGUUUUGUCAUUAAAAAUAAACCAGCAUCAUUGAGAUGCAAAGCAGCACAUGCAUUGCAAAUUUAUUUUCGCUGCAAUGGACAGAGAAUUGAGGAUUCAUACCAGACUGACUUUGUUGAUCCUCAUACUGGUACGAGAAUUGUUGAUGCUGAGGUCAAUAUCACUAGGGACAGUAUCGAGGAGUAUUUUGGAAAUGACAAGUACAGAUGUGAAUGCAUUGCUUGGGCAGGAACUGGCUCCAUCACUAGUCAACCGGCCGUCAUUGAUGUAGCCUAUCUGAAGAAGCAAUUUGAAUCACCACCGUAUUCAGUGUCUGUGGAGGACGGACAGAGCACGGAAUUACGGUGUUUACCACCCCCUGGUGUACCCACACCGAGAGUUUACUGGAUGAGAAAUGGGGUUGUUAUCAAUGGAGGGGAGGAGAAGAGUGAACUUGGAAAUAGUAUUUUGAUAUCGAGUGAGGGACACUUGAUGAUUGGACAGGCUAAGCUUAUUCAUCAGGCUAAUUAUACGUGUGUGGCGGAGAAUAUUGCCGCCAAAAGGCUCAGCACACCAGCAGCUAUUACUGUUUAUGUUAAUGGGGGCUGGUCCCAAUGGUCCGCGUGGACAGAGUGUCAUUCACGGUGCGCCAAAGGGGGUCAAAAACGCACUAGAACCUGUAACAAUCCCGCACCAAUGAAUGAUGGCCAACCGUGUCUGGGUCCAGCUAUUCAAAAAAUGGAUUGCGACACCUCUUGUCCAGCAGUGGACGGUGGCUGGUCAAAGUGGUCGCCCUGGUCAAUUUGUGGUAAAGACUGUGCUCACACAAAGACACGAACCUGUGACGAACCGGCGCCAACUCACGGCGGCCGACACUGCCCCGGAAAAGACACUAUAGUUGCAAAUUGCACAGGCGGACUCUGUGAAAAUGGUAACAAUGGAACAAUGGGUGGUAUACAGCUCACAACAAACCAUACAACCAUGGUGGGCUCUACUACGAAUAGUAAUGCUGCGACGGCAGCGGAAAAGGGUAAAAUUGCGGUCGAUAGACAGAUGGAUAUGACUUUUUACAUGGGGCUUGUUCUUGCGUGUAUUUUUGGCAUUGGACUUGCAUUACUUUUGAUCAGACUCGUUAGAAGAAAAAAUCAGGAUCACAGGCUUUAUUCCAUGACUCAGAGUGAAGAAUUUCAAUCAACAAAAUACGAUAAAAAACCAUGCCUUCAACCAGACUUAACAUCAGGAACAACAGUUCAAGCAGCAUCAACAUACGAAUAUCCAUUUGAUCCAAAACUCUCAUUAUCUCGUUCACUCUCCGAGCAUCACUACGACGUACCCCAUCAUGUUUCAAUCGGCUUCACUCAGUCAUCCCUGACGCAUUCAUCUCAUCAAUCCUCCGGUGACAAGCAAAUUUAUUCUGGCAGUGAAAAUAGCAUCACAAGUGUUGUUAGUUCUUCUUACCCCUCGUCAGAUUCCACAACGACCUACAACGUUGCUACUGAAAGAGUUAAAUUGGCAAAUGUUGAACAAUCAAAUUGCAUUGCCAGGGCAACAGUUAACAUACGUGGUGCAUUGUUAAUGCUUCCUGAUUGUGGUGUAUCAUUAUCAGUGCCAGAGGGUGCAAUACCAAAAUCCCAGUGUAAAGCACAACUUUAUGUAUCAGUUCUCGUGAAUGACGAGAUAAGGCCCAAAUUUCCAGAUGGAAUAACCCAACUGUCAGCUGUUAUAUGCUGCGGUCCACCAAGCAUCACAUUUAGCAAACCAGUGAUAUUGCAGUUUGAGCACUGCGCUGUACUGCAGCCAGCAUCAACUUGGGAGCUGUCCAUCUGGACCCUUGACGUCCCCCAACUAACAGACACUGAUGAUAACGAACCAAAAGAGUCAUUGAGCUGUUGGCGAAAGCUCCUCACUCUUGGUAACGAAACAAUAAAUACACCAUUAUUCACUCAGAUUGAUCACACCGAGGCAUUCAUUGUCACUGAACAGCUACAGAGUUAUGUGCUAGCUGGACAAAGUAUUGAUGAUCAUGUUGUUGCAGCUAAGAGAUUAAAAAUCAUACUUUUUGCGAAUCAAAUGCGUCAGGUCAGGGUGUACAUUGCUGAGGAUACAAAGGCAUCAUUGAAGGUUAUUAAUGAUCGUGAAACACAGGAGUGGGGUUAUGCUCUUGAUAAACCAAGGAGUAUAGUGUAUCAGGACAAUGGUGAUCCAUUGUGGAUAAGCCUUGAACAAGUGGGUAACGAGUGGGAGAAUAAAUCACCGACUGAGAGACAGAGCAUUGAUUUCUACGAUAUAUGGAAUUCACGAGGAAAUAAUUUUGUUGAAUUCAUUUUGGAUGAGGAUUUUGAUGGGGUUACGAGUAAGUCGUAUAAACUUCAAGUGUCCCAGGGAUGUACAACUGAUGUUGGAAGGCAGGUAUUUAGAAUUAUUUAUGAUGUAUCGAAACAGCGAAUUUUCUCGGGUAGUGUAACACGUCCUAUUCGUGAAGUGACUGUUGUCAGUAGCAGCACAGCAAGCAGCUCAAGUAGUCACAAUAGUAAUAUUGUAGCGUCAGAUGGUAGUUAUCAUGGGCCAUUUAGGUUUACAAAAUCAUUGAGAAAACAAUUGUGCCAGUGUUUGGAUCCACCAAAUAAUAUUGGUAAUGAUUGGCGAAUGCUGGCACAGAGAUUGCGGGUAGACAGGUAUAUCAAUUACUUUGCCACUAAAGCAAGCCCUACUGAGCAUAUACUCGAUCUUUGGGAGGCUAGACAUCGUGAACCCAGUGCUGUUAACGAUCUUGUUAAUCAUUUGAGAGUUAUGGGAAGAACUGAUGCAGCUACUAUUCUCGAAGCUCAACUUGGUGCGUGGCUGUAAAUUCCUCGUUAUUUAUUUGUUUUUCAUUGUGAUUCGGUUGGUGUUUUUUUUUUGGAUUUAGCUGGUGACUUAGUCUUUUGACGCACAUUUUGAAGGACUUUUCUUGGCAGUGACUAUUCGCACGCGGAGCCGGUAAAUUUUAGCUUGAGUUUACGGUGAAUUUGAGGUAAUUUGUGGGGUGGAUAUGAGGCAGAGCAGUUGGGGCCAUUUUACCAGGGAGAUAAGGGAAAUGUGACGUUUUCUAAUCAGCUAGGCGAAUAAAAAUCAAAAGGUCAAUCAAGUGCAAUUUUUAAUUUUUUUUUGUUGAACGUUAUAUAAUUCAUUAAAAUUAUAGCUUUUAAGAGUUCAGUGUUUGAGAGUUUGUGAUUCACGUAGAAACUCUUGUUUGAUCUUCUUGAUAGUUGGAGGCUUAUCAAGUUUCAUUUUCUUUUCAACUGCAUUUCGUUCUCCCUUCAAUUUCCUUUUCUCAGCCUGCGAAUCGUCUCACCCAUCCAACACGCGUUGAAACGUCCCCAACUUGGGAAAUUCGCACUGGUCUUAUUUUCCGGGAUCCAAAAUUUUUAAUUCAAUUCAUUGAUCGCCGAAAUACUAUUCAUUAAAAAAAAUCAGCACCUGAAUUUGAGAUAAAAUUUACCGCGGCGCGUGUGAAUAAACACUGUCAUUUAUCUCGGAAAAAUUGGCACGGCCUAUUAAUCAUUAUGUUCCUAUGGAUAUUUAUACUUAAAUGAUGAAUGGAAACACUGCCUUAAUUCGCGUACUCGUCGGGCUUUUUCUUCUUUAAUCAUGAUGUAUUCGAGACGAGUGGAGGAGGGAAAGAUAAUUAUCAGUAACAAUUGAGUGAUAUGAGAAUAAAGUGGAAUGAAAAUUGGUGCCAUUACAGGGAAUUGUGGAAUUUUUUCCCUUUUCCCUUCCUCGAGUUCCCUGUGGUGCAAUUAAUUUCUUUUUGCUUCAUUAGGCACUCGAGCGAAAAUGAACCAUCAAAUUUAUGAAGUAGAAAUUGGAAAAUUCGUUGGCUAUUUGAAAUUACUGGGGUGGAAUAAGUUCACUUAUAACUAUCAUCUAGAAUUGGAAAUUGUCAGGGGCAGGAGGCGGGGUAGAUAUUGGAGUCCAUUCAAAAUGACUUCUCAUUCUCAGGUGAAUCCUAGUAAAUUGGAAAAGUCGGUCUAUAAUGGAGUGAAUUCUCUUAUCUACUUUCUUCCACUUGUCUGAGUUUUAGACGUUAUGUGUACAUAAAUUAAUCAAACGAAUUUACAUAGAGAACUUCGAGAUUAAGAGAAAUAAAAAAUUCAGAACGGCAACGAUACCAAUAAUACAUGAUAUUACUAUUUGUAGUAGAGGAGUAAAACAUUAUAUAAUUUUAGAUGUAAUUUUUAUUAGAGAAAUGAAAAAAAAAACGAAAGAAUCUCCUAUAUACGUUUACGGAACACGUACGAUUAUAUUUAAGAGAACAUAGAUAUAUGUAAAUAUUAAGAAGUUUAAGAGUAUUAUAUACAACUAUUGAUUAAUCCGAGGACUGAUGUAGCACGAGAUGACUCAUAAUUUCACCCCCGUCCCCUUCUCCCUCCCAAACAUGAGGAUAUACCGUCGCUCAUUAAUUUACAAUGUGAAUUGUGCCAAAUUAUCGUUUUCAAUAAUUCAUACAUUCGUAUAUUCGUGUCACAUUAACAUUACCCAUUUCCUGAUUCGUUUUAUCGAUGAUAAUUAUAAAUUUUUAUGUGCCUAUUAAUGAUGUUAUUAGUUAUAAAGUAUGUAUGGAAUUUAAUCAUUCAAUGUUUUUUGUCAUUUAUUCUGCCAAGUCAAUGCAUUUAUUUGGAUAAUUCUAUAUUUGUUACUUUGGAUGAAUAAAAUAUUCUUGU